AGAGAGACUGAGAGACUAUUGUACAAAGAAAUCUUUACAAUUUUCUACGCCAAUGCAAUUUGAAUUUUGAAUUGCGCCAAAAACCAAAACAAAAAUAAGAAAUUCACGCCUCUAUGAGUAAAAUAAAGUGGAAAAGUUCAAUAAUUUGAAAAUAGAUUGUUAAGUACAGAAUUUAUAUAUACCUACUCUAUAUGAAUAAUACUGCAUCAGAAAUUAUACGAAUAAAAUAAAUAUUGUGUUAUUGUUAGCUUAGCAGUGAAGUGAAUAUUUAUUUUUAUAGAAAGUAUUCUGAAAUCAAUCCUAACGGUAUCCAUUGAUCAAGUUUUGUAUUUUAUUUUACACUAUACAGGAACUAUUUAUCUAUUGAGAUUUCUUAACAAAAUGCCUCGUGGAAAAACAAAAAGUAAUACCAAACAAACAAAAGUAUCGGAAUAUCCAAUGGAUUUAAAUAAACAAUGUGAUAUUCAAAAUAGUAAUAAUAAAACAAAUAAUGAGAAAAAAGCAGAGGAACAUUCUUUACAAGAACCAAGUUCUAGUAUUUCGGUUCCUGAUUUGAGUCAAUUUAAAUUCGAGAAGAAACCACACAUAAAGAUAGAAUUUGAAAAGGAUUCUCCUGUGAAAGAUGAAACUAAAGGUUUAUGGGAGCCACCAAAUUGGAAGGAGUUUUUAGUCAACCUGAGAAUCAUGAGGUCAAAUAAUGAUGCACCAGUUGAUUCUAUGGGAUGUCAUAUGUCUAUGGAUGAGAAUGCACCACCCAAAGUAUAUAGAUACCAAAGUCUCAUAUCACUAAUGCUGUCUAGCCAGACAAAGGAUCAGGUUACUUUUGCAGCCAUGGAGCGUCUUAGAGCACGAGGUCUCACUAUAGACAACAUCUUAAAUAUGAGUGAUGAGGAACUGGGUCAAUUGAUAUAUCCAGUAGGAUUUUGGAAGACAAAAGUAAAAUAUAUAAAAAAGACAACACAAACAUUGAAAGAUCAAUACAAUAGUGAUAUACCAGAUUCAGUAGAGAAACUUUGUAAACUGACUGGAGUGGGGCCGAAAAUGGCACACAUUUGUAUGAAAGUUGCUUGGAAUACAGUAACUGGAAUAGGUGUAGAUACCCAUGUACACCGAAUCAGUAACAGGAUUGGCUGGGUAAAGAAACCUACUACUACUCCAGAAGACACUCGUAAAGCCCUUGAAACUUGGCUACCAUUUGAAUUAUGGAGUGAAGUAAACAACCUAAUGGUAGGCUUUGGUCAAACUAUUUGCUUGCCUAUUAGUCCCAUAUGUAAUGAAUGUUUAAAUAGAGACAUUUGUCCAUCAAGUGGUAAGGGCAGGAAGUCGCCAAAUAAGAAAACACCAGUGAUAAAUAAUGAAGAAAAAGAGGAUCAAUUUGAUGAAAAAAAGGAUCUUAUUAAAAAGGAAAUUGCUACUAAAUCACACACACAAAAAAUUAUGCCUAGAAAAUGCCAGCUGGGUGGUAAUGAUCUAGAACCAAAGAAAAACUUGAAAACGAAUACAAAUAAAGAAGUACAAAACCCAAAUAUUACAAUAGAAACAGUAGAAUGUGAUUUACAAAAUAAUGAGAAAAUUUUGAACACUCUAUCUGCAGCAGAUAUUGAGAUGGAAGAUUUUAAAACACCUAAACAAGUACAAAUGAGAGCUAUUGAAAGUAAAAUUGAAAACAUUUCUCAGAAUAUUAGUAAGAACAAAUCUCCAUUAAAGAGAAAGUCCCUGAGAAUUAAAAAUGAACAAAAGAAUGAAAAAAUUGAAAAUCAUGGAAAACAGAAGACCAAUAAGAAAAGUAAAGUUAACAGUAAUUGAAUUUUGAUUAUAUAUUUAUAAUUAUUGAAUGUGAUAAACAUAUUAAAAGUAAAUAGUAGUAAGACUACAACUACCUCAUUCAGUGUUAAUUUGAUUUCAAUAAAAUACAAUUUUUAUUUUAAAA